AUGGAGGUGAUAAUUAACCGUCUAGAGGUCAGAAUUAAGGCCGCCAUCUCGCGGUCUGUUGGUGAGCAGAAGAAGAACGAGCUAGAUCCAGAACUCUCCAAACAUUUCGAUUUAGCCAAGAAGGAGUCACGCCAAGAACAGCAAGGUCAAGGGUCAUCAUGCCCUCAUAAGGCAGUUACUAGUAUAAAGCCUGAAGAUGUCGAAAAGACCUUCGGCAUCUCUAUUGAUUCAACCGGUGGAAACUGGACUCUAUCGGCGAAGGAUCGCGUCGCAAUCCCCCAACACCUUAGAGAAGCACUACGUGAUAUAGAUAUCGUGAUAGAAGGGGCACCGCUUAAUGAGGCGCAUACCCGGGCCCGAAUCGAUGCCGUGCUCUUCAGCACCCUCGCCGCAGCAAAGAGGGAGGAAAGAUCAAACCAGAAUCGGAUGUCUUCCUCGUCCACCCAAUCUGUCCGAUCCGUACACUUGCAAUUUGAAAAGGACAUGAAGAUGGAAUGGACAUUUCCCAACAAGAAAAGAUGGCUAGUAACUGGCAGGACCGAUUACUCACUUUGGUACGGAGAACCUGGCCAGAUGGAAGCAAAUCUUGUCGUGUGCGAGGCGAAGAGUAAGGGGGUGAUGGGCGUGGACCAAACUCUCGUUUACAUGGGUCAGUAUACAGAUUAUAUGGUUUUCUAA